UUCCACACGUGCUUCUAAUUAAGCAAUUAGCUACUACGUUUCUUGCGAACAUUGUUUGUUAGCAGUUCAGGCUGUACAUCGUACGACACCGGCGACAGAGCGAGCAGAGCGAUGUUUUGCUGUCUAAAUAAACUACCAACCCCACUUCAGAUCUGCAUGAGAAUGUGCCUUCACCAGGACAUAACAGGAGAGGAUAAGAAGGCCAAACUGCAGAGCUCUAAAAUAGAGCAGGAUCUCUGUGAACAUGCCAGAACUGAGAUGAAUGUGGUGAAAAUCCUCCUGCUUGGAGCUGCAGAGAGCGGGAAGAGCACCCUGAUCAAACAGAUGCAGAUAAUCCACAGUCAUGGCUUCACCAAACAGGAGCUCAUCAGUUUCAAGCCCGCUGUCCUGGACAACCUGCUGACCUCUAUGAAGGUUGUUCUGCGAGGAAUGGGGAUGCUGAGGAUUAACCUGGCUAACAAGAAGAACAAGAUACAUGCUCGCUCUGUCCUGUCCUGCAGCCAGUGUUUGGAGGACGACCAGGAGCUGCUUCCCUUUGUGGCUCAUGCUUUCUGUGCGCUUUGGUCUGACCAAGGGGUGCGAGCAGCUGCAUCCAGAGGUUACGAGUUUGAGCUGAACGACUCGGCACUCUAUUUCUUUGAGAACAUGAAUCGAAUCAUCGCUCCCAAAUACAUUCCCACUGAGACAGAUGUGCUGAGAGUGAGGGUGAGGACCUGUGGAAUCGUUGAGAUGCAGUUUCAAAUGAACGAAAUGAUCUUUCGGUUGUAUGAUGUGGGGGGCCAGCGGAGUGAGAGGAGGAAGUGGCUCAGCUGCUUCGACUGUAUUCAGGCCGUGUUGUUUGUAGUCGCCCUGAGCAGCUAUGAUACCACGCUGCUGGAAGACAAAUCAGAAAAUCGUCUGCAAGAAAGUCUUAAACUUUUUCAAUCCAUCUGCACCAACGCAGUCUUUACACGUGUAUCACUGAUUCUGCUAAUGAACAAAACAGACCUUUUCCGUGAGAAGAUCCUACACUCUGGAAGACACCUGAGAUUUUACUUUUCAAGCUACAAAGGAGCAGAUGGAGACAUAGAUGCUGCAGCCCACCACAUCACCGCCAUGUUUUCAUCAAGUCUCAGCAGCCCUGACAAACCAGUGUACCACCACUUCACCACUGCCACAGACACUGCCAACGUUCAGGUGGUCCUCCACAUGGUCAUGGAGCAGAUCAUCAAGGAGAACCUAGAAGCCAUAGAGCUGCUGUAAACGUCUCCUGAACACUCUUUAGAUUGAUUUUAGUUAUUCAUGUAAUCACAGUUCUGUUUGUGUUUCUCAGUUUUAAUCAGUAAAAAUAAUUUAUUAUAAGCUGCACUUUAUCCAAUUUAUCCUAUUUUAAAUGAUUUUAAUAAAAUAUUUAUUGAGGA